GUCACAGAAGCCAGCCUCACUCUCACACUACCACUCCUAAAGAUGAACCCUUGGACAACUACAUAAGAACUACAAGUAGAAUGCAUUGACAAAAUACUUAAUGGAAUGCCACUCGAGACACAUUACUUAGGCAAAUAUUCAAAACAAUGUUUUUCAGAUUACACUGAAGUUUAACUUCAGGACUUCCUCUGUAAAGGAUAGUCGCCAGCACAGGAUUAAAAGAAAUCAUCUCUUAACUAGUAACUUUUUUCCUUGGGCAAUCCUGUGGACAGCAAUCAGUAGGAUGUUUUAUUCCAGAGAAGUGAGGCCUCAGCAGAUAUAGUAAGAAAAGUGAAAUGAGAUAAAAUAUAUCGGAGUUAAUUCCCAGUGCCGCAAGAGGGGGGAAAAAACCCUAAAAAAUCUGAACACAAAAAUCAUGAAAGACCGUCUCCAAGAGCUGAAACUGAGAGCUAAGGAACUACAGAUAGCUGGAGAAAACAAUGGUGCAACUGUACAAGCUGAAGAGCAGGAGGAGUUUGAACAGCAGGCCAUUAUUUAUGAGAACGAGCCCAUAACUGAAAGACACUUGCAUGAAAUCCAGAAGCUUCAGAAUGAAAUUAAUAAUUUGGUGGAGGAAGUUCAUAAAUUCAGUCAACAACAAAAAAGCCUAUUAUCUUCAAUGAGAAGAUUCAGUGUUCUUAAAAAGGAAUCUAACAUAGCAAGAGAAAUAAAAAUUCAAGCAGAGCAUAUAAGAAAAUGUUUGGAUGAGCUGUCAAAAACAGUGAAAAAAGCUGAAAAUGAACAUGGGCCAUCACGUGCCACAGUAAGAAUUCUAGUUUCCCAGCAUGCUUUCUUAUCCCAGCGUUACUUAAAUGCUAUGCUCUCAUACAACGAUGCUAUAACUGCUAAGCAAGAGAAAUGUAGAAGAUUUAUUGUUCGUCAGCUUGAAGUAGCUGGUAAAGAAGUAUCUGAGGAAGAAGUCAACGACAUGCUGCAACAAGGAAAAUGGGAGAUUUUCAAUGAAAAUCUGCUCACUGAAGUCAAAAUUACCAAAGCUCAACUUUCAGAGAUUGAACAGAGGCAUAAAGAACUAGUCAAUCUGGAGAACCAGAUCAAAGACUUAAAGGAACUCUUUAUCCAGAUAUCAGUUCUGGUGCAGGAGCAAGGGGAGAUGAUCAACAACAUUGAAAUCUGUAUGAACAACACUCAAGAAUACACUCAAGUAUCUAAAGAAAAAUUUGGGCUUGCAGUCAAAUAUCGAAAAAGAAACCCUUGCAAAGCAAUAUGCUGCUGGUGUUGUCCAUGCUGCAAAUGAC